AUGUGUGGAAUUUUUGCAUAUCUUAAUUUUCUUAAUGUUAAGGAUAGAAAGACGAUUAUUGAUAUCCUUAUAAAUGGGUUGGCACGUCUAGAAUAUCGUGGUUAUGACUCGGCAGGUUUGGCCGUGGACGGCAAUGAUUCAACUGAAGUACUUCUCUUUAAACAAGUUGGAAAAGUUGCUGCCUUGAAAAAAUUAGUGUCAGAGCAAACUGUUGACUUUGAAAAAGAGUUUGUUAAUCAUUGUGCUAUGGCUCAUACUCGCUGGGCCACUCACGGUCAACCUUCAAUGACUAAUUCACAUCCUCAACGUUCUGAUCCCAAAAAUGAAUUCACCGUGGUUCAUAAUGGCAUUAUCACCAAUUAUAAAGAAAUAAAAAUCCUUCUUGAAAACAAAGGCUAUCGUUUUGAAUCUGAUACUGAUACUGAAGUUGUUGCUAAACUCGCAAAGUAUUUGUAUGAUACUCGAAAUCCUAAUCAAGGAUUAAGUUUUACCGCGCUUGUCAAAGAUGUUGUUAAAAAAUUGGAAGGAGCAUUUGCCUUGAUCUUUAAGAGUAUUCAUUAUCCACAAGAAAUGGUAGCUACACGACGCGGGUCUCCUCUUUUGGUUGGUGUUAAAACUGCGAAAAAAUUAAAAGUAGAUUUUGUUGAUGUCGAAUUUAGUACAGAGGAAAAACUUCCAGUUCCAGAGUCAGGAAACCUAUUGGCUUCAGGAAACCUAUUGGCUCCUCCUACAGAUAAUGUACCAAGACUCAAACAUAGUCAAUCGCGCACUUUUCUUAGCGAAGAUGGACUUCCUCAACCUAUUGAAUAUUUCUUGGCGUCUGAUCCAUCCGCUGUUAUAGAACACACAAAACGUGUCCUUUAUCUUGAAGACGAUGAUAUUGCUCACGUUAGUGAAGGAGAAUUACAUAUUCACCGUUUAAAGAGUGAUGACGGAAGAUCAGCUGUUCGUUCUAUCCAAACCUUGGAAUUAGAAUUGGCCAAAAUUAUGAAAGGUUCUUUCGAUCAUUUUAUGCAAAAGGAAAUUUUUGAACAACCAGAAUCAGUGGUCAAUACUAUGCGUGGCCGUGUCAACUUUGAUUCUCAUAAGGUUACCCUUGGCGGUCUUAAAACCAGAGCUAUUUUCGAAGAAUUAACGGAAAUUCCUGUUUCUGUGGAGCUAGCUAGUGAUUUUUUGGAUAGAAAGACUCCUAUAUUCAGAGAUGAUGUUUGUGUUUUUGUAUCACAGUCUGGAGAGACAGCAGAUACCAUACUUGCUUUACGAUAUUGUCUCGAACGUGGUGCUCUUUGUCUUGGUAUAACAAAUACUGUUGGUUCAACUAUCUCGCGUGAAACACAUUGUGGUGUCCAUAUUAAUGCUGGUCCUGAAAUCGGUGUUGCAUCUACUAAGGCAUAUACUUCUCAAUUUAUUGCUUUAUUGAUGAUGGCUAUUCAAUUGAGUGAAGAUCGUACAUCCAUGACACAGAGACGAAAUGAUAUUAUUGAAGAACUUAAGAAGCUGCCAGAAUAUAUUAAACAAGUUCUCAGUAUUGACAAUGAACUAAAACAACUUGCUAAAAAUGAUCUUAAUAAAGAAAAAAGUCUUUUGAUUAUGGGUCGUGGUUUCCAAAAUGCUACUUGCUUAGAGGGAGCUUUGAAAAUAAAGGAAGUUUCAUACAUGCAUUCUGAAGGUAUUUUAGCUGGUGAAUUGAAACAUGGACCUUUGGCACUUAUCGAUUCGGAUAUGCCUGUUAUUCUUAUUAUGACUAAGGAUUCUUUAUACCCUAAAGUGCAGAGCGCACUUCAACAAGUCACUGCUCGCAAGGGUAAACCGAUUAUUAUCUGCAAUGAAGGUGAUGAUGGUAUAGAAAUUCAUUAUGAGAAAAUUCGUGUACCCCAAACUGUAGACUGCCUACAAGGUAUUCUUACAAUAAUUCCUUUGCAAUUACUGGCUUAUCAUUUGGCUGUAUUGCGUGGAAUUGAUGUCGAUUUCCCUCGGAAUUUGGCUAAAUCUGAUUUAUCUUCGAAUUCGGAUGCACUUUUACGCAGUUUGCACUUAUCAGUAUCAACUUGUUCAUUCCAGCGUUCCAUUCUAAUUCGUAUUUGA